UCCGCGAGCACACGAAGGCGUUCGUUAUCCUCUGCUGCUUCUCUGCGGUUUGAGCGAGCGAGGGAGGAAGAGGAGGGGAGGAGACGAAGAUGGCCGGGGUGGCGGCGUUGCAGGGCGCGAUGGCGUCCCUCUCCAUCUCUGCGCCGGGGGCGGCGAGCACCAGCAGCUUCUGGGGCCACCCGCUCUCCACCUUCGCCGCCGCGCCGGCUGGGGUUAAAUUUAUGAUCAAGACAUGCCCAAUUCAAAUGAGGCUUAAGCGAUGGGAGAGGAAGAAGUGUAAACCAAACAGUCUUCCUGUCCUGCACAAGAUGCAUGUUAGGAUUGGCGAUACAGUACAAGUCAUUGCAGGCCGUGAGAAAGGUAAAGUUGGAGAAGUUACGCGGCUUUUUAAGCACAACAGCACUGUAAUAGUGAAGGACUUGAACUUGAAGUCCAAGCACAAGAAAGGAACAGAAGAUGAACCGGGUGAAAUCGUCAUGAUUGAAGGCCCCAUUCACAGCUCAAAUGUGAUGCUCUACUCAAAGGAAAAGAAUGUGGCGAGUAGGGUUGGACACAAAUUCCUUGAGGAUGGAACGAAGGUUCGGUACCUGGUCAAGACUGGUGAAAUAAUUGACAGUGCUGAGAAUUGGGUCAAGGUGUUCAAGGAAGGAAGUUCGGAGUGAUCAUGGUAGCAUGGGAGUCCUGCACAUUUUCUGAACUGCACUUUUUGUAUGCCCAAAUGAGUUGAUGCUUUUCUAGAUUCAGAUUUCAGAGUCUUGUAAAUUUCUAUACAGUUGCCAACAUUUUUUUGUAUCCAAUGACAUGCUUGGCUUGUUAACCAGCUACUAGAAUGGUUCAGCUACAUUCGCUCAUACAAAUGAUUUUGUAAUGUUGUUGCUGUCCCCUGUCCUGAGCUA